GUGACGGUCUCCAAAUAUAGUUGGAGCUACAAACCAGAACCACAAAAAGAAGUGUGUACAGGUAAGGCAUUCACAGAAACUACGAAUGCUUGGAAUAACUGCUGUAUUAUUCUACCAGACGACACCCAAACUCGUUGCACCACUUAUGCAUACAACCCUAUACUAUGUGGAGCAGGAAAAAAUAUUACAUCUCCAUCUAACAAUGGCCAACAGCGCUGUUUCGUGUUCAUCAGCAACUCGUCAGUUCGGUAUAGAUCUAGUAAUCCUAGAGAUAGAUGAACGGAAAGCAAGCGAAUGGCUAUGGUCAUUUGAAAAACUCAAAAUACUGUGCGAAGAUGGUUGAAAAACCUGACGGUCUCCAUCUACCAAUGGUUGGGCAAGUUGAUCUUCAUCAUCACCAUUUUGAGACCAUACCCACUCGUUCAUCUGCCUCCAGGAAUACUAGACCUGCACUGAUGAGUUGCCAAUGAGUACUAAACAGCGCUGUCUGCGGUUGAUCGUAGUUACAGAGACGAAAAGCAAACAUAUCCAUUUUGACUUUAUGCUCGUCGACCACCGUCUUCAGGCCUCAGCACUGCCACUUUUGUUUUGCAGUUUUAGUGGAGGGCGAAUAUUUUAUGUUUUGCCUCAGGGCACACAAACUUCUGAAGCCGGCUCUGAAAAUCCCCCUCUUAGGUACAUCCCCGAAAGCAAAGAUAGAUACAGUUGCCGGCACCUAUCAAGAUUUGAUCAUAUGGUGCGCAGUAACAAGCUCCUCCCACGGAACGGCGGCAAUACUGCAUGAAACCUCGUCCGCCGUUAUUCCAGUAGCGUACCGAGUGACUGAAGUUAAAGCGCACGUUUUGUUGAUACAAUGGUGAUAAUAUUUCUACUAUGAGUAAUCUGGGUAGAAAUGAAGUUUUGUCCAACCAGACGAGUGAGGUGGUAUACAAUGUAUACUAAUACAUCCUCAAUAUGAGAACUGGCAGUGUCCCAAAAUAUGGCAGAGAUUAAAGCUGAAGUAGUUAAAACAAUAGUAGUAUCAAUUGCCAGUAUUACUCGCAUUGUUAAAAAGGGCAAGGAUGCCGGAAGUAACGGACAAGAACGAGCAGCGUUUCCUACCAUACCUGGAAGACAACUCAGUAAUUGUACUGGACAAUGCGCCAUACCAUUCUCGACGAAUAGAGAAAAUCCCGACGACGUCAUCGAAAAAAUUGGUUGCGAGCAAAGAAUAUCAGCUUUGAGGACUCAAUGCUAAGAGUCCAGCUAUUGAAAAUUGUCAAAGAGCGUAAGGCUGCAUACGAAAAAUAUGCAGUCGAUGAGAUGGCAGCAAGCCAUAACAAAACAGUCCUUCGUCUGCCCCCAUAUCACUGAGAGCUAAAUCCCAUCGAGCUCAUAUGGGCGUAUGAAUUUGCCUUGACCUCAAGGUACUUUUUGAUGAAGCCCUAAGCAGAAUCGGAGCCGAGAAAUGGGACAAGUGCAUGUUAUAACAAAAGUCGAGACAGAUAUUUUAGAAAGACAAGUACAACUACUGAUAAUUGAAUUUGGCCAGAAUGUGAUACAAGUGAUGAGGAUGACAGUUCAAGUUCAACAUUCUGAUAAACAAUGUUAAUAGUUGUACGUAGAAUUAAAAUGAUUACAUUCCUUUUCAAAUGGCGUUUAUGAUUUAUGGAAAAUCCAAUGGAAAUCUUUUAUAGUGGCCACAUUUUGUUAUAGAUCUGCCAUAUUUUACUUCAGUCGCAAUCAUGAAGAAUUUUUUCUAAGAUAUAGCAUCUGCAAUCGAUAAAUCGUUUGGCAUCAUUGAAUCAUCGCAAAAAGGUUCUGAAUACGACUCUGUACAAACCGUCACCCUUCGAGAUGCGGUGCGAAUCUUGAUACCAAUUGGCUCUCUUACGGCGAAUCUGUCAGUCAAGUCGUUUGAACUGACCAAUCAGCGGUCUCCCUUUUGCUCCACAAGAAUCCAUAGUCCAGUCGAACUAGAACAUUGUGUGAUAAUAAUGCUGUCGCAAUGUUUUGACAUUGUCUACGCCAUGCAUACAUUAUAUACGGAUUGUUUACAUUGUAUACGCAUUGUAUAUAUCGAAAUACAGACAAUUAAAGCAUACGCGAAAAUGCCCAACACUGCAAGUACCAUAUCAUUUGCCGUUCAAAAAUACCUUUUAUGUACACUAUCACAGGAUGCAUCAAUGGUCGGUCUCAAUGGUACCACGGCAAAGGCCUGGGUGGAAGUUCCCUUAUCAACCUAAUGUUAUACGUAAGAGGAAACAAAGCAGAUUUCGACCGUUGGGAACGUAUGGGUAACAAAGGAUGGGGAUAUGAUGACGUUCUACCGUUAUUCAAGCGAUCUGAACAGGUGCACGUAAAGGUGCAUGACGAAGCAUACCACGGUAGAGAUGGAUAUUUGAGCGUAAGUGACCCAUCGUAUGCUUCACGUGUAACGCACGCUUGGGUCCAGGCUGCACAGGAGGCAGGAUAUCCAUAUGUAGACUACAAUGGAAAGGAGCAGAUUGGGGUGUCUUUUCUUCAAAGUACGACUCUGAAAGGCAGAAGGGAUCAUGCGGAGAGAGGAUGGUUGAGACCAUUCCGACAUAGAAAAAAUUUUGUUGUCAGGAAAAAUUCCUUAGUGACCAAGAUCCUUAUAAAUCCAAAGACAAAAAAAGCAUAUGGUGUUGAGUACAAAACUUUAGGAAAGAAGUAUACUGUCACUGCCAAGAAAGAAGUUAUUCUAUCAGCUGGAGUUUUCAACUCACCUAAAUUACUUAUGCUGUCAGGUGUGGGUCCGAAAAGAACUCUAGAAAAAUUCGAUAUACCAGUUCUCAGUAAUUUGCCUGUUGGUAAGAUUAUGUAUGAUCACUUAUUCUUUCCAAAUUUGAUGUUUACUGUUAAUAAGCCCAUAUCAUUGAAUAUUCUCCCUUACCUUAUCCCACAAACAUAUGUAGAUCAUCUAACGUAUGGUUCCGGAACCCCAGGAUUUUGCCUUGCCGAAGCUAUGCACUACAUUAACACAAACAUUACAAACACAUCCAACCCAGAUCCAGACGCGGCUGAUAUAGAGUAUAUGGUCUCCGGAGCAAGCCCAGUUACAGAUUAUGGAAUUUCUGGACGAAGAUAUUUAAAUAUUCCACAAGGGCUUUAUGAUGCUGUAUGGAAGCCUUUAGAAAAUAAGCCUCUGCUUCUGGUUAUCCCCGUAUUGCUGCAUCCCAAAUCAAAAGGUCACAUGACGUUGCUGUCCAAGGAUCCCGCUGAAUCUCCACUAUUUUUCCCCAACUAUUUCACAGAUCGAGAGAAUCAUGAUAUCAAAACAUUCAUAGCAUCUAUCAGAGAAGCUCAAAGAAUAGUAAAAAGUCCAGCUCUGGCAAAAUUUGAUGCCAAGAUUGUCGAUAUUCCAAUUCCUGGUAAGUGGCUCAUGUUUGUAAAAUUUGCCUGAACCAGUGCAACCCGCAUUUCGCUAGCAUGGCUUGUGGGUUGCGGGUUCGUAGGAUAAACUUUCACAACAAGAUUUGAUUAAGUAUGGCCGAGUAUAUAGAGAUCACAUUCAGCAGGCAUGUAUACACGUUCAGUUCUAUAUGUGUGUGCGAACAUGGAUUCUGAAGUACGAGACGUAUACAUGUUCUUUGCAAACAUCACAUUCUGGCAUAAGAGAAAUCGCAAUUUGACGUAAUAGAUUGGAAUAUGACAGUUACAGUUGUGAAGUAACGAUGCCAAUAAGUUCAAAAUCCGUAUUAACAUGUUCUCAUCAUCUUUCAUAUAUGCUUUACGUUUGCGGGAGCAUCGACAUACAGAUAACUGAUUUCAGGGUGUGAAAAAUAUGGCUUUGACACGGACCAAUAUUGGGAAUGCGGUUUAAGGACAAUCAUUAGUAGUAUUUACCAUCAGACAACGACUUGCAAAAUGGGUCCAAGCACUGACCUAGAAGCUGUUGUAAGUCCAAAACUGCGCGUAUUUGGAAUCAAAAAUCUAAGAGUUGCUGACAUUAGUAUUUUACCUACAACGAUUUCUGGCCAUCCAAUGGCUAGUGCUUACAUGAUUGGAGAAAAAGCAUACGACAUACUGAAGGAAGACUAUGACUUGCUAUAAUUAUGUAGUAAAAAAACAAUAAACAAAUAGAAAAUAUACUUUAUAUCAUAUCACUACAAUGAUGUUUUAUUUACUGGUAAAUUGAUCAACGUAUUUUACUUGGGGAUAGUCAAGUAUACAUAUGAAAUUUCGAAAAAAAAUAUACGGAAAAAUGAACUUUUGCAGUCCUUUUUCUUACCUGGAAAUUUGACCGGUGAAAUGUAUUUGGAAUUACUGGAAGACGCCAUAGAUCCUGCAUUAGUGAAAAUCAGAAUGAUCGGCGGUACAUUCCAACAGGAUGGUGCCCCCACCACAUUACGCAAUACGUGUUCGACAAUAUUUAGAUCAGACGUUUCCAGAUCGAUGGAUUGGUAGAAGAGCAGAAGAGGUGCCAUUGAAUGGCCCCCAAGAUCGCCAGAUU